UUUGGGUGCAAAAGUCGGUCUCCAAAUCACCAAUGCGCCAACUAAAUUACCAGAGCACAUUUGACGCCGGUCUCUUGCUAAUUGCUAUUUCCAUCCAUCGCUCUCUCCCACAUACGCAGAGAAUCUAAUGGAAUUCGGUUGAAUUUUUUUUUUCCUCUCUCUCUUUCUCUUUCUCUUUCUCUUUCUCGGCAACCAUUCAGAAUGUGAUAUUGGUCGGUGUGUUGAUUUGGUGUUAUGGAUAUUAGAUUCGUAUUGAUCUUUGUCAUUUGCUGCUGCCUCGAAGAAGGUGUCGUUAAGUGAUUUGUCGGUAAUGUUUGUAUUGUCUAGGGUUGCAAGCGCGUGAAAGUUUGGGUGAUUAUAUCUACGAAUUGGGGCUAGGGAUUGAAAGCGGAGAUUCCUAUUCAGAUCUAAGGAGAUUGGAUACGAGUUGUGGAUUUUAUUUUAUUUUUAUUUUUCGGCGAUUUAGGACUCUUUGAUGAUUCUGUGGGGCUUAAUUUCGACCCAUUGUUCAUUGGUUUGCCGCGUAUAAACGAUUUGUUUAUGAUGGAUCACAUUGUUGGCGGAAAGUUCGCGAUUAGAAGAAAGAUUGGAAGUGGAUCGUUUGGGGAGAUCUAUCUUGGUGUCAACAUACAGACGGGGGAAGAGGUUGCGAUCAAGUUGGAAUCUGUAAAGUCGAAGCAUCCUCAGCUACACUAUGAAUCAAAACUAUAUAUGCUUCUCCAAGGAGGAACUGGAAUUCCUAACCUAAAAUGGUUCGGUGCUGAGGGGGACUACAAUGUGAUGGUUAUUGAUCUUCUCGGUCCAAGUCUAGAAGACCUCUUUAACUAUUGUGAUCGAAAGUUCUCAUUGAAAACUGUACUUAUGCUUGCUGAUCAAUUGAUUAAUAGAAUUGAAUACAUGCAUUCAAGGGGAUUUCUUCACCGUGAUAUAAAGCCAGAUAAUUUUCUGAUGGGCUUGGGUCGUAAAGCAAACCAGGUUUUUGCCAUUGAUUUUGGUCUUGCCAAGAAAUAUAGAGAUCUUCAAACUCAUAAGCACAUACCGUACCGGGAGAACAAGAACCUCACUGGAACAGCACGGUAUGCUAGCAUGAAUACUCAUCUUGGUGUCGAGCAAAGCAGAAGGGAUGAUUUAGAAUCGCUUGGUUAUGUGUUCAUGUAUUUUUUAAGGGGAAGUCUCCCAUGGCAGGGGUUGAAAGCUGGCACAAAGAAGCAGAAGUAUGACAAGAUUAGUGAAAAGAAAAUGUUAACUCCAGCCGAGGUGCUAUGCAAGUUAUUUCCAACUGAAUUCGUCUCAUACUUCCAUUAUUGUCGUUCUUUGCGGUUUGAAGACAAACCAGAUUAUGCUUACUUGAAGAAGCUAUUUCGGGACCUUUUUAUUCGAGAAGGAUACCAAUUUGAUUAUGUGUUUGACUGGACUGUUUUGAAGUAUCCACAGAUUGGUGCAACUACUAAACCAAGACAACCUCUUGGAAGGCAUGCUCCAGCUCCCGGACCAUCAAUGGCGAAGGCAGAAAGACCAUCAGUAGGCCAAGAAAUUCAUGAUAGAUUUGCUGGCGCCGUGGAAGCAUUUGCUAGAAGAACUGGUUCGGGCUCUGCUCGUCAUGGUGAGCAUUCCAAGCACAAAACUCUAGAUGACGCACCAAUGCCAUCCAAACAAGCUACUCUCAACACAGGACGAACGCGUGCGUCGUCCUCUAAGAACGACAGCUUACCAAAGCGAGCUGUAGCUGCCGGCAGCACCCGCCUUUCAUCCUCGGGCGAACUCAGCGACCAGCAGCGAAGCCGAACGACCCGAUUUCUUUCAGGUGGCAGUAGUAGCCGCCCUGUGCAGCAGAGGCUUCACCAUUCUGGCGAAUCUAGAGCUUCCUCCCUCGCUCGAACAGCAGGUGGUCCCAAAGCCUCCCGUGAGGAUCCUCCUUACAGAAGCUUUGAACACCUAUCGCUUAGUGCUGAAAGGAAGAAGUAAAAAUAGAAUCAGCUUGAUGAGGAAGACGCAGCUGCAGCUGCUGCUGCUGCUAUAUGAGGGACUCUUUCAUUCUUUAAAUUUAUUUCUAUAUUUCUUUUGAAUUGUUAUAAUUUUAUGUUUUGGUUUUUCUCAUGAUCAGCCAAAGAGGGAAAAGAAAAAAAGAGUAUUGAUCAAUUAUUUUUAGCUGGUGAAUGUGGCAUCAUAUUAGCAGCAGAGCUCCCAUUUCUGCCUUUCCAAGGCUUUAUUUUUCUUGUAAUUCAUGAGGGACUCAAGCUUCUCUGUAUGAUUCCAUCCAUACCAUCCAUAUUUUAUAGCAUAUUUAAGCCCAGAAUGGAACAACAACUAUUGAUGAAUUUUAUGAAGAAUUGUGUCGAAUUUUAUGACUGUAAUAAUGUAAUAAAAUUUUGGUUUGAGCAAUUGUCAGACUGAACAUGGAAUGCCAAA